AUGGCUACUUUACCCGGAACAGUGCCUCGGAUGGUCCGCCCCACGCCGGGACAGAACUACCCACGAACCGGCUUCCCUUUGGAAGUCUCCACCCCACUGGGCCAGGGCCGGGUCAAUCAGCUGGGUGGCGUGUUCAUCAACGGGAGGCCGCUGCCCAACCACAUCCGGCACAAGAUUGUGGAGAUGGCCCACCACGGGAUUCGGCCGUGCGUCAUCUCGCGACAACUGCGCGUCUCGCACGGCUGCGUGUCCAAGAUCCUCUGCCGGUACCAGGAGACAGGCUCCAUCCGCCCGGGGGCCAUCGGAGGCAGCAAGCCCAGGCAGGUGGCCACUCCCGACGUGGAGAAGAGGAUCGAGGAGUACAAGCGCGAGAACCCGGGCAUGUUCAGCUGGGAGAUCCGGGAUAAGCUGCUGAAGGACGGGGUGUGCGACAGAAGCACAGUUCCUUCAGGUGAGGCUUCAUCUGUGAGCUCCAUCAGCCGCGUUUUGAGGGCCCGAUUUGGCAAAAAAGAUGACGAGGAUGACUGUGAUAAGAAGGAUGAAGACGGAGAAAAGAAAACAAAGCAUAGCAUCGAUGGCAUCCUCGGUGAUAAAUGUAACCGCACAGAUGACGGCUCGGACGUGGAUUCGGAGCCCGACUUGCCACUGAAACGCAAGCAAAGGCGUAGCCGCACUACCUUCACCGCCGAGCAGCUGGAGGAACUGGAGAAAGCCUUUGAGAGGACGCAUUACCCGGACAUUUACACCCGGGAGGAGCUGGCCCAGAGGACCAAACUGACAGAAGCCAGGGUGCAGGUGUGGUUCAGCAACAGACGAGCCAGAUGGCGUAAACAGGCCGGUGCCAAUCAGCUCGCUGCCUUUAACCACUUACUUCCCGGUGGAUUCCCGCCCACUGGCAUGCCCACUUUGCCCACAUACCAACUCCCAGAGUCUAGCUACCCCGGCACCACACUAUCACAAGACGGUGGCAGUACCUUGCACAGACCUCAACCCUUGCCCCCGUCAUCCAUGCACCAGGGAGGCCUGAGUGACAGCAGCUCGGCGUACGGCCUGUCGUCCAACCGCCACAGUUUCUCCAGCUACUCCGACUCCUUUAUGAGCCCCUCGGCUUCCGGCAACCACAUGAAUGCAGUCGGCAACGGGCUCUCCCCGCAGGUGAUGAGCAUCUUGAGCAACGGGAGCGCAGUGGCCUCGCAGCCGCAGCACGACUUCUCCAUUUCGCCGCUGCACGGCAGUCUGGACGCCUCAAACCCCAUCUCGGCUAGCUGCAGCCAGCGAUCAGACCCCAUUAAAGGUGUGGACAGCCUGGCCUCUUCGCAGUCUUACUGCCCCCCUACCUACAGCGCCACCAGCUACAGUGUGGACCCCGUCACCGCAGGCUACCAGUAUAGCCAGUAUGGACAGACUGCCGUAGACUACCUGGCUAAGAACGUGAGUUUGUCCACCCAAAGGAGGAUGAAGCUUGGCGACCACUCGGCCGUGCUUGGACUGCUGCAGGUGGAGACGGGUCAGGCCUACUGA